AAAACCGUUCAGAUAAAGAAUAUGCAGCUCAUAAACAAAAACAAAAAGAAUUAAAAGAAAGCUAUCUAUAUUUAAAAACAUGGAUUGUUACUGAAGAGCUAUUUAAGAAACAUAAAGGGCUUGACCUUGUUAAUUUUAAUAAUCAGCAUCAUCCAUUAUCUGAAAUUCCUCAAUUUAAAGUUUUAAGAGAGGAAACUUUUGAUACUUUUAAAAAGAUGAUUGCUGCAAAAUUUAAAAUUCCUGUCAACCAAAUAAGAUUCUGGAUUUUUGCAACUCGACAAAAUAAAACUAUUAGACCACAUGAACUUAUAAUCGAUGAUUAUCUGGAAUUCACAAUGGAAAAUACUAAAACAAUAAUGGGGUAUGAUAAACUAAAAUUGUAUAUGGAAAUAUUCGAGAAACCAAUAAAUUCCGAAAAAGUAUUUCCACAGAAUAAUGAAUCUUCAAUUAUUGUUUUUAUUAAAUACUUUGAUCCAGAUACGCAGUCAUUAGAAAGCAUUGGUCAGAUGUAUGUUAAGGAAGAAGGUAUGGUUGAUGAAAUCUUUCCUAUUCUUCGUGAGAAAAAAUGUCUCCCUCCAGACACACCUCUAGUUGUAUAUGAGGAAAUAAAACCAGAUAGAAUUGAUAGGAUGUAUCCAGUAUUUACUUUCAAACAAUCAGAAAUAAUAAAUGGCGAUAUAAUAUGUUUUCAAAAAAAGUUGAUGGCUAAAGAGAUUCAUGAACACAUUUCUGCGGGCCGUUUCCAUAGUAUUCCACAAUUUUAUGAAUCAUUAUCAAAUAAUAUUGUCGUUCGAUUCAAGUCGAAAUUCGGAUAUCGUGAUCCGGUUCCUGAGUUUAGUUUAGUUUUAAAUAAAAAUAUGGCAUAUGAAGUUGUUGUUAACCAAGUCGCUGCUUAUCUUAAUGUCGAUCCUUUAAAGUUGCGUUUAUCUUUAUAUUAUAUUGAUAUUGAUAAAAUGAAAUUAUCAGAGAUGCAUCAGUAUUCAACAAAUCUGUAUUAUGAAGUUCUUGACUUUAAUAGCUAG